UUUAUUUUGUUUUAGAAGAAAUUCUCAUGAAACGACUGACGCGCUGCUCGAUAUUCAUAGCGAAUCGCAAGUCGCACGCACGAUACAUUGGAUAAAAGUAUUGUUCGUAUACUUUCGUGCGAGCGAGCAUACGCUACGGUGGAAAAUACAUUUGGUAAUUGACGAUCAGCGAACACCUGACGCUCGGCGACUUGGCGAUUUUUCUUUCGUUUCAUUGUCGGUUGACAAAGUGAACCGAGUUUUGACAAUGAGACACUAUUGAGGCGAGGCUUCAUGGACAUCACUUGUAAGAGCAAAAAACGCGUCCUUCAAAUGGAGCGUGUUUUGAAAGCAGUUUUGAGACCGGUGGAUUUAAGAGUAAAAAUGGAGGCUCUUGUGCACGAUCUGACUUUGGCACUGGAGGAAAGCAGCAAUAGCGCAAAUCUCAGACGCAGAUGGGGCAUCAGGAGGAGGGCUCGCUCUACAGGGAAUAUUCCAGCAUUAAGUAUGAGCAAACAUUCGGACGAUAGCUCAUCUUCCAUUUGCGACAUUCGUAUUCCAAAAACUGCGAAUGUUUCAAAGUACCAGUCUGACAGCGACGACACGAGUCAGACGAAACGUUUUGCACGGUUCUCCAAUUUGAACAACACCAGUAAUAUUGAGAGCGACUCGGUGAACGAAAAUUUUGUACCGAGAGCAAACACGAGACGCAAGAGGAAAUUUAAAAGAAUGGCCAUUGACUCCGAUUCUACUGCGUCCACUUCUCAAGCAGUGGCGAUUAUGUCGACUUCGUUUGCCGGCAAGAGACGCAUUUUUCGAAGCGAUUGCAAAAAUAAAUAUAGCGCCAUAUGGUGCGGAAAGCGCAAGAGAUCGUGUAGAGAGCGUUCCAUAGAUUGUGAGAUGAGAGUGUCUAAGCCAACCAAAAAUGCAAAGCCGAAAAAUCGAGACAAAAUGCAAGGCGAUGAGACUGUAGAUUGUUCGCGAAUAUCUAGCUCGAGUAUUUCAUCCAGCGAUUCGGAGGCGGGUCUCAUUACUAAUGACGAAGAUAGAGAAGGAGACGACGAACAAUCUGAUUGGAUUGGAGAAUCGAGUUGGCGGGAUGACGGUGAAAGCAACAGUGAUGAUAAAAUUACGGAUUCGACCCUGCAAAUGAUACUACAUGGCGAGCAUUCGGUAGCUGAGGCCAAGAGGAGCUACAGGCAAAGAAUACAACGCAUCCGUGAAGGUCUCAGCGGUAGAGAAAUCCGUGCCGGGCGACGUCACGUCGACAACAAGCCUGGUUAUUCUAUCAUCACAUCGGCUAACGAGGAAGUCUUGCGCUUCAUGCAAGAUCUCUCUCAGAGCGAGCUGAAACUGCAUCCUAUGCGACAACCCGAGCGCGAGAAGCUACGUCGCCUCGCCAACUUGUAUAAUCUGAGCUUAAAGAGCGACCUAGGUUGUCCGAUAUUGUACAAAACGCGACAUACCACACAGGCCGUGUGCGUGGAUCAAGUAUCGUUAAACAGAUUCUCGGACUACAAAAGAUUACGAAAAACACCUCCGAAUUCACCCAACUCGGACUCCGCGAUGCAAACCGAGGAGCCUCAGGCCUCCAGCGCGAACUUCGGCUCGCAAAUCAUGAAUCAAGCUCAAAAUAUGAAUUCUACACAAGCAGCUAUACAAUCAUUUUCACCAUUUGAAUGGGAAAACGAAAGUAUGGACAUCGAAAUUCAUCAAGGAAAGCCGAAGUUCUCUGAUUUUGGACACUCCAAAUCCAGUUAGACAUAUAAGAAUAUUUAUUGUUAUUGUUUUUUCUUAAUAAAAUAUUUAUAUAUACAUAUGUGCUAUGUAUAAAAUAUAUAUAUACAGCACUUCCGUUCUCUAUAUAGAUUUUUAUGUCAUUGUAAAAACUAAUGAUGUUAAUAUUCACAAUAAUCAUGUAUGAGAAAGAAGAAAUCACAAAUAUUGUAAUAUAAAUAAUAUUUUACAU